CAAUACAAAAGUUCUUCAACUCUCGUAACAAAAGUCAAGCUCACGACUUCAUAUACCCAGCAUUCAACUCAUCCGAAAACAAAACAAAAAAAAAGUGAAAUAAUUAAAUUCUAAAGCACAUAAUAAUAAAAAAAAAAAACAAAAUCCCUAGGUGUUCUUCCACGAAAUUCAUCUCAUCUCUAGUCUCUAUCAAAACCCUCACAACUUUUUAUUUUCUCUAUUUUUUUUUACAAUUUUCUUCUAAAUCUACCACUUUUAUUCACUUUCUCAUCCAAGUUUUAGUCAUUUUUUUUUUCCUUUUCAGAAAACAUUUAUUUCUCUUUCUCUUUUGAGAAUUUGAUGUUCGUUUGACUUUCUUUUUCUGGGUUGAUGCUCGAGUUCGAUGAUAUCAAGGAAAACAAGUUUUAAGGUUUGAUGGGUGUUUUUCUUUUUGUGAAUUUUUUGAACUAUUUGUUAUAUGAUCUUCACGAUUAAAGUUUUUUUAGAUAUGGGUUUUUGAAGAUUGAGUUCUUUUAAAGUUUAUCAACAUGCAAAUUUGCUUCUUUUGCCAAUUUUGUUUAAAGUAAAAGGUUUUUGAAUUUGGUUUAAUUUGAUGAUCAAAUCAUUUUAACUUGAUGCUUCAUCUUUUUUAUCAUGAGCUUUUCUGUCUUUCAAUCUUUUGUAUUCCUGGCGUUGCAUCUUGUUAAACUUAUGUUUUAAGAGGACCAUCUGAAUCCCUUUUGAUUUAGCUGGGGUGAGGAGUUGUCGAGCUAUAGCCUGUUUGAUUGAUAUCUUCGAAUUCGAAAGCAUUGGAUUGUCUUGAUCUGCUCUUGAUCGUGUCUGGGGUUUAUUGAAUCCAAAUCAUGGUUUUGGCAAGUAGAUGGUUUAGGUUCUAUCUAUCACACGAGUGAAGGGCUUGGCUUUUAUUGCCUGGGAAGUUACUUGGUGCUUGAUUGAUUUUGUUCCGUUUCUUGUUUAUUUUUCUUUUGAUAUGGAGGAAUGUCAAUCUGCCAUCCCAACAUCUGAAGGAGAUCUUCAUGUGGUUGCUGCUGCUCAUCAUAUUGUCAAGGCAUUAGGAGCAACUAAGAAUCUUAGUGAUGAUUUAAGGAAGAUCCUUAUCGAUCUUGAUUCCCACUUGUCGAUGAUAACUUCGAAUAUAGAUAGCAAGGGAGGAAGGGGAUUUGUUGAUGUUGAGGAGAGAAUCAAACAAGCAGAGAGAAAGAUUGUGAUUUGGGAAUCAGAUCGAAUGAUGAUAUGGGAUUCUGAACCUAGGGAAGCUUCUGAGUAUCUGGAAGCUGUAGAUGAAAUUCAGACACUAGUUGAUGGUUUACGAGGCUUAUCUGUGAAUGAAAAUAGGAAGCAGAAGGAACUUCUUAACCGUGCAGUGAGUGUUUUGCAGAUGGCAAUGUCAAGGCUCGAGGAAGAGCUUAUUCAUAUACUUGUUCAGCAUAGGCAACGGUUCGAGCCCAAACUCAUGAAAUCUCGUUCUACUCAAAGGGAUGUUGUUUAUGAUGAGUCAUUUGUUUCAGUCGAGGAUGAACCAGCAGAGAAAACAUCCAGCAGAAAUAGCAGUAGUGAUGAAAGUGGUGAAUAUAUUGUAGAUUUGGUCCAUGCACAUGUAAUUCCUCAUAUCAAGUCCAUUGCAAAGGUUAUGUUUACUUCAGAUUAUGGUCAGGAAUUUUGUGAAGCUUUCAUUGGUGUGAGGAAAGAAGCAUUGGAGCAGUAUUUUGCCAUUCUAGAAACGAGCAAUGUCAGCAUCGAGGAUGUGCUGAAAAUGGAGUGGAAUAGCAUGAGUAGCGAGAUGAAUAAAUGGACCUGGUCCAUGAAGAUCAUCUUUCGCGUCUAUCUUGCUAGUGAAAAACGGUUAUGUGACCAGGUCUUAGGGGACUUUGGAUCUGUUAAUUCAUUUUGCUUUCUUGAGAUAUCACAGGCAACAAUCCUUUGCCUCUUAAAUUUUGGAGAAGCCAUAGCAAUGGGGCCUCAUCAACCUGAAAAGCUGCUUCGUUUGCUUGACAUGUAUGAGACUUUGGCAGAUCUUCUCCUAGACAUAGAUACAUUGUUCUCAGAAGAGGCUGGUUCUUUUAUUCGGCUUCAGUUCCAUGAGCUUCUGGAGAGAUUGGGUGAUUCUGCAACAGCAGCAUUCAAGGCGUUUGGAGUUGCUAUUUCUUCAAAUGGAUGCUUGUUCCCCUUCCCUGGAGGUGCAGUUCACCCUCUCAAUAAAUAUGUCAUGAAUUACAUCAGGAUGUUCCCUGAAUAUUGUACCACCCUCAAUUUGCUUCUCAAGGACCAACAUGCAGCCGUUGCAAAUCCAGUUACUGAGCCAGAGUAUGGGCAGAACCUGUCUCUUUCCACUUCUUGUCCAAUGGCUUGUCACCUUCGAUCAAUCACAAGUUCUUUGGAGUCCAAUCUUCAUAAGAAAUCAAAACUAUACAAGGUUGAGGCAUUACGACAUAUUUUUUUGAUGAACAACAUCCAUUACUUGGUUCAAAAGGUUAAGGGCUCUGAACUCAGACGCUUCUUUGGAGAUGAAUGGAUUCGUAAGCAUAACGCAAAGUUUCAGCAGCAUGCAAUGAACUAUGAGAGAGCCACUUGGAGUUCAGUCGUUUCUUUGCUCAAGGAUGAUAACCCAGGCUCAAGUUCAAUGUCAAAAUCCACUUUCAAAGAAAGGUGCAAGGGCUUUAGCAUUGCUUUUGAGGAGUUAUACAAAACCCAGACAAGUUGGUGUAUCCCAGAUCCUCAGCUUCGUGAAGAUUUGCGAAUUUCAACUUCACUUAAAGUAGUCCAUGCAUAUCGAACUUUUCUUGGGAGAAACCCUGCUCAUAUUGAUGACAAAUGUGUUAAGCAUACUGCAGAAGAUGUGGAAAAUUUGCUUUUGGAUCUUUUUGAAGGGUCGCCUAGAUCAUUGAACAAUUCGCACAGAUGGUGAAGACUUAAGGUCUUAAGGUUUCAGCCAUUCUUUGUUUCUCACUCUCCUCCUUUUACAACAUUUUCUUUUCCUGAUAAAAGUCUUGAUUGCUGUAGAUGUAAAUUUGGUUGUAAUUAACAUGUCUACUUCCAAAAUUUCUGUUCCUCCUGUUGUAAUACCUGUAAUUGGGUCUUUGUUGGAUACAAAUGCCUGUGCCCGUGUUUCUCUUGGCUUGAAAUAACAUGCUUAGCUGUCCUGCAAGUGUUAACCAAUACUUUUCUGAUAAAUUCAAUUCUAGGCGUAUGAUCCAGGUCAUUCUCUAGGUUCAUUGUUGUGUUAGGAUUGCUUUUUUUUUUGUGGAUUGGUCGUAUUUUUCUGCUCUAGAAUGUGAGUAUGCUUUCUAUACAGUACAUACAUGUAUGCAGAUGAUAGUAACCUGUGAUGAUGAGAAAAGGAACGCAAGCCUCUGAUUCUGAGACUGUUCUACAUUUCAUGACUGCUUUAAUUUUGGCUGGGAUGCAUUGAUGCCCCACUUAGCUGCUCCAGGUUUAAUUAAGAGUAAAAGCAGCUGAUGAUGCUGAUGAGCAUUUGAUCCAGAUUAAAGCAGUUGACAAGGAGAUGUGUAGUUUCCAUCAAUGAGAAAGGACAGUUACAUUGAAGGAAUUAAUGUGCAUGUGCGAAAUGUAAGUCAUUUUCAGUUGUUAGGUGCAUCAGAAUAGAGUUUCAUCCCAGCCAUGACUUCCUGUAGUAAAUAGACUAGAUCUCUUGUUGAGUUGCUGUCAGUAUCAGGAUAUUACUGGUCUGAAAUCUACUAUGUGCUUAAGAGACAAUGUAGGCAAACUUGUAGAAAGCACUUAAAUUUUCAUUAGACCUAGAAGAGUUGCAGUUACUUCUGCAUUUGAGAUGUGUAGGUUCAGUAAAAUGGAUUUUAUGAAUCAAAUUCUAAAACGGAGAGCCACAGCUACAUUGCUGUAAGUUGCAUUCAUCUCUGCCUUCGACAUCCAACUCUCCUCUUCCAAAGCAAAUAGUCCCCUGUAGAACAAGUCCUUAUCCCCCUUUUGUGUUGUUAUCAACUGAUGCGAGUGCUUCAUGCAUUAAUCAAAUCAUUCACACACAGUGAAACAAGCCACGAGCACACUUUGCUACAAUCACCAAUAUCAUAAUUAACAUAUUUUGCAAACUUAUUUGGUGCUUAUUGGACGCCAAAUUUUGUGAAGUCUCCUAACCAUCUUUGAGGAAUCCUGAACCCAAUCUUGAUUCUACCCUAUACUUCAAUUUCAAUGCAGGCCAAUGGAAAGAGACUAAAGCCUGACUGGUAUGGCUUUACUGAAAGUUGAAGUGUCCUAGUCCCUACUACCUAAUUUGCGGUAUUGUUCAGGAAAAUACCCAACAAACACAACUACACGAAAACUUGUGACACAUAGACAAACGCCUAGAAUAACAAAUCUGCAGCUCUUCUAAUCUGUAUUGCAACAGAAAUGGCUUGUAUGCUAACAAGAACACAAGUUUUAAACUGAUCAGGACCUCUCCCUAAUUCCAGAGCACAAGCUUCAAUCCCACUAU